AUCCUGAGUGUAACGUGUGACAACGCGUCGAACAACGACACGAUGAUCACUCACAUGUCGGACCUCCUCGCGAAGUUCCAGGGGCAGUACGCGCGCACGCGGUGUUUCCUUCAUAUCACGAACCUGACAGCCCAAAGCCUGCUCCACGAGUUCGAU